AUGAUUUACAGUUUACUUAAUUUUGAGCGUUCAACCAUGCCUGCCUUAUCAAAUGGUAAUACAUGUUGGGGAAAUAGAAAAUGUUUCAGCAUGCAUUCAGAGUAUAUCAGUGAUAGUUUUCUUCUGGGGCUUGAGAUGAGAGAUGUGGUUAGUUUGCCAUCAUCAGGUACCCCUACAAAUUGCGGAUACCAAAGAAUUCCAGAAAAUUCAGUAGUGGAGGAUAUGGACGUUGAUGCAUGUAAUUCUAAAACUUGUGAACAAAUAAACUCAGUAUGUAGAAAAAGGUCCAUCCCAGCAGAACAAAAUAUUGUGAAAAGAUUACGCCAGCAAGAUCCUAAACAGCAAUCUAUUUCAUCUGAAACAAUUUGCAAAAAUCAAGUUUAUAAUUCUGGAUUUUGUUUAUUUUAA